AUGCAGGGACGGUUUGGCAGCACCACCGCCUUUGGACAGACAAGUGGGCUGCGGCCAGGCUCAAGUCUGCGCCCGGGUUCACAGAUGCGCCCUGGCUCGCAGUUACGCGGGGCGCAGGUGGCCGGUGUGGGUGAGAGCCUGCAGCAGCCGGUGGCGGUCUCGGCGAAGGCACCAGUGACACUGGAAGGGAUGCGAGCCGCGACGCGGUCUGGUACGGCCGGGCCGGGGCGUCAGGUGGGGGACCGAAGCUACUACAUUGGACUGCUGCGGCCAAAGAUUACGGAGCUGACGACUGAGAUUCAGCAUCUGAACGAGCAGGAGAGCCUUAUUGAAAAGAACAGCUCCGUAUUGGCUCAGCUGCAUCAGCGCAACAAAAGCUUGACUGAUGAGGUUACAAAAUUGAAAGGGGUCCUUGCCGAUAUUAACUUGGCUGUGGAGAAGAGUACCUCGCAGGAUGCCAAUAGUGUGAAGGAACAGGCUACAAAACUUACAUAUUUGAAUGUUGACCGGCGCAAGCAGGUGGACCAACUUUUUCUAAAUGUGAAGGAGGUGGAGACACAAACGAAGAAGAAUGUGCAGAUUUUGGAAGAGGAGAUGCAGCAGCUGGAUCGUCGCAUUAUUGCAGAGAAUCAGGAUUAUAACCUUUACAACACCACCAGGAAUGAAGCUUAUGGUGUUUCAGACGCGGUGCUCGAUCUUCAGCACCAAGUGCGGACGUUGACGGCGAAGCAGGAGCUGCAUAUGGCACAAAUUGCGACAGACACGGACAAGCGGCGGGCCGCGGAGGUGCUGCGGGAGAUCCUACGCAAGCGGCAGCUAAGAGAGGAGCUCACGAAACAGUGUGCCCUCUCUGUAGAGGAGGAGCGGCAGUUACUCAUUAAGCAAGUGAAAACCGCCCGUGACGAUAUUGAGGUUCUGGAACGGCAAGUGAACGAAACACGCGAUGUCUUGGGGGAGUCUAAGAGCCGUUGUAAUUCCCUGGAUGAAGAGUUAAAAAACUACAGUGGCGAGAACCUUAAGGCGUUUCAGGAGUUGCAGGAAAAAGACCGUGAGCUGCAGUCCUUCAUGGAUUCCCUUCCUGAAAAACAGAAGGAGGAGUCCGACAAGAUUGCCAACGUGCAGGCAAACAUCUCGUUGCUGCUUGAACGCGUCUCUCAGGCGCUAGAGUUACGGAAGCAGAUACCAGCAGAAGGUGCCUCCCAUGCACUCCAUGCGCUAGAGAGUGAGGUGGACGUGAGGCGCAACCAGAUUGAGAAUGACCAGGUGACGCACCAGCGCCUUGAAAAGGAGUUGCUGGACCGCAAGGCGGAGCUUCAAAAAGUAGAAAAUCUUGACACCAAAAUCAAUGCGGAGCUGCAGGCACACGCGCGGAAGAUGGAAGAACAGUCGCAGGAGAUGGUCAAGUACAGCGAUCUGGAUGGACUGCGUCGCGACGUUGAAAAACGCCGUGAUUAUCUCGUGAAGGAGCGGACAUUUUUGACGAAACUUCGGGACUCCAGCAAGCAGCAGUUAAACGCCCUUAGCGCGUCAAACGAGGCACUGCAGAAGCGCCUUAACGAGGAAGCCGCCUUUCGCUCCAUAUCUGCGCUCGAGGGCCGUUUGCGGCAUUUGCGGCAAUCCAGCUUUUCGUUGGAGGAGUUUGUGCGCUUGAAGGGCAAGGAGAGUUAUUAUCUUGGCGUCAAGACGGACUGCCUGAUGCUUGUGGAGGAAAUCAAUUUGCUGCUGAAAGAAGGCGGUAGCAACCGCGGCGUCGGAGCACCCCCCGUUUUGCUUGUGAGUGACCAGUAA